AUGCCAGCAGCUCAGUGGACUACUAAGGAACAAUACAAAUGGCUCCAUGAACAGUUGCCGGAGUAUAUUGCACUACACGGCGAGGACAAGGACUACGCGCACUUCUGGGCCAAGACUCAUCUUUAUUGGUUUAAAAGUUGGCCUGAGCGAGCCGCCCUCUUCCCCGAUAUCCCCAUCGAAAUACCACUAACAGAAGAGCAACAAGCUGAAGAACUUGCUGCCGAAAAAACGCGUAAAGUACGAUUGCAGACCUGGUUCCAUUGGCGGACAAACACGUCCAAGAAAAAUUGUGGCCUCAAGAAGGAAAUCUCCGUAUUUGAAAGUGCACUGCUGCCGAAGUCGCGCGCAAAAUCUGUCGAAGAAAUCUACAUGGAUAUGGUCUACGAUGAACGGAUCAAACCUCUAGUAGCGGCUCAACAAGAGGCAGAGCUCCUGGAAGAUGAGUCAGACGAGGUGAAGAAGGAGGUGAGAGAGAAGUACAAUAAGCAGAAAAAGGUAAAGAAGGACAUGCUACACGAUAAAGCUGAGAUGACGAUGACGACGAUGACGACGAAACCGACGCUGAUGCCAUUGUGA